UUGAGAAUUGCUCCGAAUCCUGGAUCCUGCCUCUGGAUCACUCUGAAACACUAGGAAGAGACUAGGAUCUGUGGGAAUUUGAGGAGCAAAAGGUUGGUGAUCUCGUCAGACUAGCUACAGCCCAGAACAAGGGAUCCAGGGAGUCAAGAAGGAAAGAAAGAAAACAAGCUUGAACCAAAGCAUCAAUCUCAGUUGAACUGAAAGAAAUGUCAUCUUUGGUAAAAGAGGAUUUGGAAAAGAAACUGUUCAAACCACUGUCACAGCAUCUCUAUGAAUUUAUUGAAAUUGAGUUCCCAGCCCAGGACAGGUACUACCUCUGUGUAUCAGUGACUAAAAGAGAAGAAGUAAAAAUAAUUAUCGUGAAACACUACAGAAUAGGUCUAGAUGAAAAAUAUGAAGUAACCAAAAAAUGGUCUUUGAAUGAUCUGGAGAUGAUUGAUGGAAAAGAAGCAGAUACUGAUAACCCAUUUUUUGAUCUACAUUUCAAGAAAGUCUACCGUUUGGAAGCUUAUAGCUGUGCUUCUAAAUAUUCCUUUGCCCGAACCGUAAAUAAAUUGAAUCAUGCUUAUCUUAAAAAGGACCUACAAAUUGUGAACUUUGAUACUACCUAUAUAAAUGAUGAUUCAAUUUGGUCUUCCAACAACAAGGACUGUUUAGUCCUCAUGAGAAUAUGCUUUUAUGCUUUCAAUCUCUUAUGUCUCUCUCUCUGUCCCCUGCCACUUUGAUACCAUAUGUUGC